GCCCACGCAGUCCGCUCCUCGCGCGCGCAGGUCGAUACUCGCCAGUCGACCCUCGACAGUCGAUCCCCGCAGGUCGACCCUCGCCGCGCCUCUGCAGUCCACAGAUGAGCUCCAUGAGGUCCCCGUGCGGAGCGCUCGGCGUGACGCUGGUGCUGGCAGCGCUCGGCCCGCUGCUGGCGCGCGAAGCCCGACACUCGCACCCCGUCAUGUGGAUCGGCGGCUCCUUCCAGUGGCCCUGCGCCAGCACCAAGGCCCUGGUCAUCAAGGCCGGCUCCUACGUGCCCAAGAACGUGAUCGCGACGCGUGCGCAGAUCCUGGGCGACGAGGUGUUCGUGGCGCUGCCCCGGUUCAAGCGCGGCAACCCCGUGACGCUCGCCAAGCUGUCGCUGGCCUACCGCGGCUGCCAGGCCUCGCUGGCGCCCUUCCCCUGCUGGAGCCUCCAGGAGGAGGGCGACUGCCACGCGCUGCAGAGCGUGGUGGACCUGUUCCUAGAUGCGCACGGUGUGCUGUGGGUGCUGGACACCGGCGUGGUGGACAGUCUGGAGGAGCCCGUGCGCCGCUGUCCGCCCAAGGUGGUGGCCUUCAGCGCCAAGACGGGCAAGCUGCUGCGCGUGCUGCCGCUCGGCGAGCUGGCCUGCCCGCUGUCGCGCCUGCAGCAGCUCGUCGUGGACUACGCGCGCGAUGGCCACUGUUACGUGUACGUCAGCGACGCCGCGGCGCGCGCCGUGCUGGUGUGGGACGUGGCUGCGGGCCGUGGCUUCCGCGUGCUGCUGCCGCCGCAGCUGCUGCUGGGCUGCGCGCGCAAGGACGUGCUGGCCCUGGCGCUGGUGCGCAAGAAGUGCGGCAACAAUUACCUCUACUUCACCUACCUCUCCGGUAAGCGGCUCUUCUCCGUCAAGGCGGAGUGUCUGCGACGCGGCUCCGUGGAGGGCCGGGUGGUGGACCACGGCUCCAAGCCGGGCCGCAUGGUGCUCGUCGGCACCGACGGCGGCUCCGCCAUCUUCUUCCGCUACGAGGGCUCGAGCGAAGUGUACCGCUGGGACGCCGACACGAGGUUCAGCAAGGAGAACUUCGCGCUGGUGCACCGCGGCAACCAGUGCAGCCUGGCGACUCACGCCAUGGCGGACCGCAAGGCUGGCUCCAUGCGCGUCCUGGAGAGCAACUUCCCCGACUUCAUCCAGGGCACGGUGGGCUGCGGCGCGACGCAGACUCUCUCCGUCAUGCAGAACUGCUAGGCGCCUGCCCUGCGCCCAGUCGAUGUGCGAGACAAAGCCAUGCAGGCAUGUGCUAUCAACUGAAUACAGUGCUGUGCUUCAGUGUUCGUCUCACAGACUUUCCUACCUUGAAGACAGGGUCAGGCGAUGGGUGGACUUAUUGUGAGAUCAACAUUGCCAACACAGUUCAUUCUGACAUUUCACAAGACAGCUAGUCACAAGUUGUGAGUGUGUACCUAUUGUAAAUUACUUGGAAGCAUAACAUACUAAGAACAGUUACCAUCAAAAAUAAUGAAUUCAACAUUUGUGUUUUUAAAAUUUAUUUUGUAUUAAUUUAUCUGUAGCUAUUCGAAGAUGUGUUUAAGAUGGAGAAAAAAAACUUUAUAAACUUUUAAAUUUUAUGAAGGUAGAGAUUAUUUGGUAUUAAUGUCCGAAUUUUUUUAAAAAUGAUUUUUAUAUAGAACAUGCUAUAACAUAUGCUAAUUUAAUUCAGUGAUAUAAAUUACAUUUUUAUACAUGUUAGAAUGACAACAUUGAAAUAUUUUAUAGAUGUGUUGCUUAAAGUAUUUAUGUACAAAUAAACUGCUGUUCUAAAACCCCUAUUAAUUAUAAAUAUAUAUAGAUUUUUUGUUAUUAUAUAUUAAAAAUCAAAACCAAAGAAAAGAAAU